CCGGGCCGCGCCGCCAUGUUCGUGGCGCGCAGCAUCGCGGCGGAUCACCGCGACCUCAUCCACGAUGUCUCCUUCGACUUCCACGGGCGGCGCAUGGCCACCUGCUCCAGCGACCAGAGCGUCAAGGUCUGGGACAAAAGCGAAAACGGGGACUGGCAUUGCACUGCAAGCUGGAAGACACAUAGUGGAUCUGUGUGGCGUGUGACAUGGGCUCAUCCUGAAUUUGGGCAAGUCCUGGCUUCCUGCUCGUUUGAUAGAACAGCAGCUGUGUGGGAAGAAAUAGUGGGAGAGUCAAAUGAUAAACUCCGAGGCCAGAGUCACUGGGUAAAGAGGACCACGCUAGUAGACAGUAGGACAUCUGUUACAGAUGUGAAGUUUGCUCCCAAGCACAUGGGUCUUAUGUUAGCAACUUGUUCAGCAGAUGGGGUUGUAAGGAUUUAUGAAGCCCCUGAUGUGAUGAAUCUCAGUCAAUGGUCGCUGCAGCAUGAAAUCUCAUGUAAGCUAAGCUGCAGUUGCAUUUCUUGGAAUCCUUCAAGCUCUAGAGCACAUUCUCCAAUGAUCGCUGUAGGAAGUGAUGACAACAGUCCAAAUAUAUUGGCAAAGGUUCAAAUUUAUGAAUAUAAUGAAAAUACCAGGAAAUAUGCAAAAGCAGAAGCUCUGAUGACAGUCACAGAUCCUGUACAUGAUAUUGCGUUUGCUCCAAAUCUGGGAAGAUCGUUCCACAUUUUAGCUGUAGCAACCAAAGACGUACGAAUUUUCACACUAAAACCUCUAAGGAAAGAAUUGACUUCAUCUGGAGGAUUAACAAAAUUUGAAAUUCAUAUUGUGGCACAGUUUGAUAAUCACAAUUCCCAGGUGUGGCGAGUUAGCUGGAACAUUACAGGCACAGUGCUUGCCUCCUCUGGUGAUGAUGGCUGCGUUAGGCUCUGGAAGGCUAAUUACAUGGACAACUGGAAGUGUACUGGUAUACUGAAAGGUAACGGGAGUCCGGUCAAUGGUGGUUCCCAGCAGGGAAUUUUUAACACCUCUCUAGGUUCAGCCAACACAAGCCUACAGAAUUCACUCAAUGGAUCAUCUGCCAGCAGGUAUUUCUUUCCCCCUCUGGAUUCCCCACGGGCUGGAUCGAGAUGGUCCAGUCAUGCCCAGCUCCUUCCUCCUCCUCCUCUGAUAGAGCACUCUUGCGAUGCUGACACUGCCAACCUCCAGUAUCCUCACCCUCGCAGACGAUGUGUGUCUCGGCCUCUUAAUCUAUUACCUGAGAAUGAAGGGGUUUAGUACACGUUACUUUUAUUAAACUUGAAAGGGCCUUAUUCAGAUGUUUGUAAACACUUCCAUUCUGGCUGUUUUUGUGUUUCUUCUCUCCUACAGAAGAUUCUCAAAAUCUGGGGGCUUUUAUGCAUGUUUUGCAAAACAAACUACAGUAUUUGGAACAUGUUAUUUGUGUUUGUGCAUCAAAGGAACAUUUUAGUCUGUAGCCUUUGAUGAACACAUCAACACAUACAAACAGUAUUAUCCACAACCUAUUUACAGAGUAGCUGAAUUCAAAGUGCCUGCCCUUUUUUCUUUUUUUUUUCUUUUCUUUUCUUUUUUGGAAUCAGUUUAUUGUAGUCUUGAAUUUUUUCUUUUCUGUAUUGCACUGACAAAUGUGAAAUGUACUCUCAAAAUUAAACAUACCUUCAAGAAGCUGUUAAAUAACUAAAGGAUGAUAUUGGAUCAACUUGUAUAAAAAACAAAACAAAACCAUUCCUGUGUACACUGCAGCAAAAUACAAUUUGGAGUGUUUGGUUACUUUAAAAAUUUUCCAUCUUGCUGUAUAAAUAUUUAAAUUUUAUAAUUGUGGUUGACUAAUAAACUUAUUUUAAAAGGUC